AUUUGUUUUUUGCUUGUUGAUUUGUUUACAAUUUUUACAGAUUCUGAUAUUAGACCUUUGUCAGAUGCAUAGUUUGUGAAUAUUUUCUCUCAUUUUGUGAGUUAUCUGUUUACUCUGUUGAUAGUUUCUUUUGCUGUGCAGAACCUCUUUAAUUAGGUCUCACUUGUCAAUUUUUGUUUUUAUCACAGUUGCUUUUGGAGAUUUAGCCAUAAAAUCUUUGCCAAAUUCUAAGCAUUUCCUAGGUUUUCUUCUAGGAUUCAUACAGCUUGAGGUCUUAUAUUUAAAUCUUUUAUCCAUCUUGAAUAAAUUUUUAUAUAUGCUGAAAGAUAGGGGUCCAGUUUCAUUCUACUGCAUAUGGCUAACCAGUUAUACCAGCACCAUUUAUUGAAUAGGGAGCCCUUCCUUCAUUGCUUGUUUUUGUUGACUUUGUGGAAGAUCAGAUGGAUGUAGGUGUUCAGCUUUAUUUCUGGGUUUUCUAUUCUGUUCUAUAAGUCUAUGUCUGUGUAUCUGUUUUUGUACCAAUACUAUGCUGUUUUGGUUACUAUAGCCUUGUAGUAUAAUUUGAAGUUGGGUAAUGUGAUAACUCCAACUUUUUUCCUUUUACUUUAGUUUUUUCACUGAUUCUCCUCUGACAGAACUGGUGUUCUUUUAACUGUGGUUUAAAUGGAGGAUAGUCAAUUGGCUUCAUUUCUGGUUGCUUUCAGAGGGCCAAGGCUCUGUACAGGAUCUUUAUUUGUGGCUAGAUUCUUGCCCCUGGUUUCACAAGUGAUGUAUAUUGGCAGAUUAUUUUUGGUGUUUUAAUUUGGGAUGUGAUCCAGUAAAUGGUGCUUAAGAGUGGUGGCCAGCAGAUAGGCUCUUAAUCAGCUUCACAGCUUUUUUUGUAUUUCAGUGCAUUUGCAGUAGUGCUCUAUAGUGGGGUAGGGGGAGACAGAUGACCCUCUCAGCAGGUCUGUUCCUGAGCUUUGAGGAAGCCGCCUCUGAUCACUGGCACUGAUCCUGUCUUUUUCUUUAAUUAGGUCUUCUGGGCUGCAGGGCUCCCUCAGGCAGAGGCUAUGACCUGCAGAUAGGCCACACCAUUCUUGGACUGGUCCUGUAGAGCAGGGUUCCCCAAUCCCUGUUACUGCUUCAUGGCCUGUUCAGAAGUGGGCCACACAGCAGGAGGGACUUCAGUACUAGUGCUAAUAACAUCCAGAUUGAUAAAACCAAGCCUUUGUGGCACAACUAUUUCUUAUGUGGACUUAAAGGAAUUCAGGAACACUUUGGUCUUAGUAACCUGACUGGAAUGAACUGCCUGGUAGAUGGAAAUAUCCCACCAAGUUCUGGCCUCUCCAGCUCCAGUGCUUUGGUCUGUUGUGCUGGCUUGGUGACGCUCACAGUGCUGGGAAGGAAUCUAUCCAAGGUGGAACUUGCAGAAAUCUGUGCCAAGAGUGAGCGUUACAUUGGCACUGAAGGAGGAGGCAUGGACCAGUCUAUAUCAUUUCUUGCAGAAGAAGGAACUGCCAAGUUGAUAGAAUUUAGUCCUCUGAGGGCAACCGAUGUAAAACUCCCAAGUGGAGCAGUGUUUGUGAUUGCCAACAGUUGUGUGGAGAUGAAUAAGGCAGCAACUUCCCAUUUCAAUAUCAGGGUGAUGGAGUGUCGGCUGGCUGCGAAGAUCCCGUUCCUCUGUGGGGGACUUCAAACUGGUUGCUGGAAUUCAGGGGUUUGCCAUCUGUGUAUCUUAUUUGGUGAGCUCCUGGCUAAAUACAAAAGCUUGCAAUGGGACAAAGUACUGAGGCUGGAGGAGGUGCAGGCUAAACUAGGGAUUAGUCUAGAAGAAAUGCUGUUGGUCACAGAAGAUGCCCUUCAUCCUGAACCCUAUAACCCUGAGGAGAUCUGCAGGUGUCUGGGAAUUAGCCUGGAGGAACUCCGAACCCAAAUCCUGAGUCCAAACACUCAAGAUGGGAUCAUACUGCACAUCCCUCAGUGCUGUGAUGAGAACUUUAUGAGGUUCAAGCAAUUCUCCCGCUUCAGCCUCUCAAAUAGCUGGGAUUACAUGCACCCACCAUCAUCAUGCCCAGUGCUCAUCUUCAAACUCUAUCAGCGGGCAAAGCAUGUGUACAGCGAGGCUGCGCGAGUGCUCCAGUUUAAGAAGAUAUGUGAAGAAGCACCUGAAAACAUGGUCCAGCUGCUGGGAGAGUUGAUGAACCAGAGCCACAUGAGCUGCCGGGACAUGUAUGAGUGCAGCUGCCCCGAGCUGGACCAGCUGGUGGACAUCUGUCGGAAGUUUGGGGCUCAAGGGUCACGACUUACUGGAGCAGGAUGGGGAGGCUGCACAGUAUCAAUAGUACCUGCGGACAAGCUGCCCAGCUUUCUAGCAAAUGUGCACAAAGCUUAUUACCAGAGGAGUGAUGGAAGCUUAGCACCGGAGAAGCAAAGUUUGUUUGCUACCAAACCUGGAGGUGGGGCUUUGGUUUUCCUUGAGGCCUGAAAAAAUGUAAAAAAUCUGAGAGAAACUACUUAGGGCACUUAGGAAUUGGCAGGACUUUCUGUGCCACAGUAAAUUAAUCUUCCUUCUGUUUUGUAUUAUGAUGAACGGUUGCUAUUAUAUCAAGAUAUAUUUUCAAAGAAAUCGUUGAAAGCUCUCUAUGCUUCAUAAUGAUUAUUUUUCCAUCUUAAAAUAUGGUUUUACUAUUAAGAGCCAAGAUCAUGCUUGGACAGAUCUUUUAAGAAUAAUUUACUGAGAUUUAUUGAUUUGAAGAUUUUAAAGAUGAAUGGUAAAACACACUCUUAAUACUGAUUACAUGGAUUGGACUUGAAUUAAAUAUAUUGUUACAAUUAAAUUGAUACCACUGAAUUGUA